GACUGUCGCCUCCGCCUCUUCCUUCAGCGGCAGCCGGGGCAGCCGGAUCGCGGCAGCGGCGGCUGCUGCUGCGCGGAGGGAGCGCGGAGCGGAGGGAUGUGGGGCUUUGGGGGAGGCAGGAUCUUCGGGAUCUUCUCCGCUCCCGUCCUAGUGGCCGUGGUCUGCUGCGCCCAGAGUGUGAACGAUCCCGGCAACAUGUCCUUCGUGAAAGAAACUGUGGAUAAAUUGUUGAAGGGCUACGACAUCCGCCUCCGGCCGGAUUUCGGAGGUCCGCCGGUCUGCGUGGGGAUGAACAUCGACAUCGCCAGCAUCGACAUGGUUUCCGAAGUCAACAUGGAUUACACUUUGACUAUGUAUUUUCAACAGUACUGGAGAGAUAAGAGGCUGGCUUAUGCUGGCAUACCUCUCAACCUCACACUUGAUAACCGAGUGGCAGAUCAACUCUGGGUGCCUGACACUUAUUUCUUAAAUGACAAGAAAUCAUUUGUGCAUGGUGUUACUGUGAAGAAUCGAAUGAUUCGCCUUCACCCGGACGGAACAGUGCUUUACGGCCUCAGAAUCACAACCACUGCAGCUUGUAUGAUGGACUUGAGAAGGUACCCAUUAGAUGAACAAAACUGUACUCUGGAAAUAGAAAGCUAUGGCUACACCACUGAUGACAUAGAGUUCUACUGGAGAGGUGGAGAUAACGCGGUCACUGGUGUGGAGAGGAUUGAGCUUCCUCAGUUCUCCAUCGUGGAAUAUAGACUGGUGUCAAAGAAUGUUGUCUUUGCCACAGGUGCCUAUCCAAGACUCUCACUGAGCUUCAGGUUGAAGAGAAACAUUGGAUACUUUAUUCUUCAAACCUACAUGCCCUCCAUACUGAUUACCAUUUUAUCAUGGGUGUCAUUCUGGAUCAAUUAUGAUGCAUCAGCAGCAAGAGUUGCCCUUGGAAUUACAACUGUGCUGACUAUGACAACAAUCAACACUCACCUGCGAGAGACUUUGCCUAAAAUUCCGUAUGUUAAAGCCAUUGACAUGUACCUUAUGGGCUGCUUUGUAUUUGUCUUCUUGGCCUUACUUGAAUACGCCUUUGUCAACUACAUUUUCUUCGGAAAAGGCCCUCAAAGGCAGAAGAAACUUGCAGAAAAAACAGCAAAGGCAAACAAUGAUCGCUCAAAGUUUGAAGGCAAUCGGGUGGACACCCAUGGAAACAUUCUGCUAACAUCGCUUGAAAUUCACAACGAGGUGGCAAGCAACGAGGUCACUACCAGCGUUACAGAUGCCAGAAAUUCAACAAUAUCCUUUGACAACUCAGGAAUCCAGUACAGAAAACAAAGCUCACAUCGCGAAAGCCUUGGAAGGCGUUCGUCAGAAAGAACAGGCUCCCACAGCAAGAGGGGCCAUUUACGAAGAAGGUCUUCGCAACUGAAAAUAAAAAUCCCAGAUCUAACAGAUGUGAACGCCAUCGACAGAUGGUCAAGAAUGGUGUUUCCAUUCACAUUUUCUCUUUUCAACUUAAUUUACUGGCUAUACUAUGUUAACUGAGUGACUGAACUUUUUUAAAGGACUUCAAUUACAACAAGUGAAGUACUACUUGCCUGCAGAGUUUGUAUAUAUAUUUAUAGAAAAUAUAUAUAUAUAUAUAUGAACUUUUACUAUGUAGACCAUACUCAUGUAUGUGUGAAUACAUACAGGAACAAAUUGUGUGUAUAUAAAAGCACACACUGCGAAGCAAACGCAUAUGUAUGCACACACACAUGUACACAUUUGUUCUGAGGUUAUGGACACUUUAACAUAGGAUGCACUUCAGAGGAACUUUUUAAAUUGAAAGGCAGGUGUCGUCAAAACAACAAGCCUUGAGAAAGUAAGUGUUGUAUAUUAUCACUACAAAACUCCGAUUGUCAUAGAAAUUUUCAAACACCUGUAAUCGUGUAUAAAGUCAGUAUUUAGUAACAUUGUUUGUAAAUGCUGCCAUACACACUGAUCAUAAAGUGGUAGAAUUACACUGGUAAGUUUAAAAUAAGUCAUUCAUAUCGCAGAUCCAUCAACUACGAUUUCAUCAAGCCAGAUUUAUUUCUCCUUGCUAAAAUUUCUUGCUUUUAUAUAUGUCACAGUACAUUUUUUCCCGGUCCUGAAUGGGCAUCGUUUUUAAUGAUCUCUUGCUUUCUCUUCUGCAGUAAGCAAGCUGAUCAUGGGAGUGUUGCUGUAGGUCUUUCAAGACAUAUACAUGUUCAUAAUAUUUCAAAUGAGCAUUUUAAGUGUCCAUCAACACUGAAACAAAUCUUUUGUAAGUACUGUAAAUGUACAGCACAUUUUCCUUUCCUUGGACUGGUUCCAGCUGCCAUGUCAUUUUGAAAGAACAGCACAUUUUUAGUAUAAUUUAGCUGAGAAUUCAACUACUGUCAAUGUGUUCUACAUCUGCUGUAGAUUUAAAGAUUGUUAUUCCAGUGAAAGCAUAGAAGAUGUCUCAGGUUAUUUGCUACUUUGACAUGAAACCACCUAGCUGUAGCCUUUUUUAAACAUGCAUUCACAUUAUUUAACAUUCUUAUAACAUUGUAUGUUAAUGUAAAAUAUAUUUGCAUAAUAUGCAUAUAAGUAUAUUUUCUCAAUAUUUUUCUUCCCUGUGCUUGCUAUCGUGACCGCAUGCUAUGUCAUAUUUUCGUUUCUGUGAUGUUACAACUUUUUAUUCUCUAGAAUUGAGCAAAUAGAGCACUUCCAAUACUUUGAUUCAGUAAUGGAGCAUUUUCAUAUUUUAUUUAUAUACUGGAAGUAUAUGCACGUACACUUAGCAAGCUAGUGUGCUGCAGUCACAGAUCACGAGAUAGCAAACGAUACGUUUUGUUUCAGCAUCAACCCUGUUCAAACAUAUCCUUCAUGUAAAUGUGAGCACUUUGGUUUUCAUCCCGAUCCAUUCCCUCACCGGGAUCCCAACUUUUUUCAGUCUGGUAGAUUGUAGUCGUCAAGGUAUGCCAAUUUCAGAUCUGUAAACUUAAUUUGUUAUUUAUCAGAACUAAACCUUUCUAAAGAAAAGAAGAUAUAUUUUUUGUAAACAGUGUUUCUAUCAUGUACAUUCGCAAAGAACAGAUACAGUAGCAUAAAUAGAUCUUAAAAAAAUAAUUCAGGCGUGGCCCCACCAGUUCUCUGCAUGUAGAAUUCCUCUGGACAUGGAUGGGGAUUUUUGCCAGAUAAGAGAGCUUUGGAUGCUAGUUGGAGAUAUCUAUGGGAGAAAAAUGUGUGGAUAUGCAUCUAUCAAAAACACCAAAAAGGGAUGGAACUGAAAAGGCUGCCUUGGCUCUGUAGUGACCCGUGUUCUCACUAGUCCUUGAUUUGUCUGUGAGUAGAGCAGUGAUACUUGUGCUGCUGCCAUUGUUGUGGUUUAACCCCUCAAAUUAACUCCACCCCAGCCAAAACCAGCACAGCCAUGUACGAUCUCUUACUGUUCCCACCCCUGACUGUUUGCAGCUGAACUGUGAAACUUUGUUCUGGGCUGAAAUUCAGUGUAGACGAACCUGGGUUGCGGGUUUGUGUUGUAAUCCCAUCCUCAGGGAUGCUCCUUGAACAGGAAUGGGCUCCGCACCGUUGCCCUGCAGCAAAGCUGCAAUGCAGCUCCCAGCUGGUAGCGUUCGCCCUAACCCUGGCUGCCAGCGUGUGCAGGAUCAGCACCGCAGUCCUGCUGCAUCCUUGGCAGUGGUGCAAAGUGGCUGUAACUGCAGUUUUUAAGCACUGUAUCUGCAGACAACUCAACAGUCUGAAGAGCCUCAAAAGAACCCGUAUAGCUGGAGCAGAAAAACUUGGUUUUUAAUAUCUCUUCAGUAUUAGCUCCCAUUGGUAAACCACAGCGUAUUAUUAGCUGUCUAAUAUCUCUUCAAGCUGUGAAGGGAUUAUAGUGCACAUUGUCAUCAUUAUAAUCAAAGGAACUAAACAAUUAACACCCUCCCAAAGUACAUAUUUCGUAGAGUUGUUGAGAAGCCCUCCCAAGUUUUUAUCCUAAUAGCAAAAUAUAAUUAAGCAUAUAAUCUGAUUUUAAUAAAACUUUAAAAUUAUAGUCUUUGCUUUAGAAAAAUUACCCUAACGAAAUGAUCUUCAAACAAGUCUUUCAGUAAGUGCCCUAAAGAACUACCUUGAAAAAUGGGAUUCAAGAUGAGGGCGGUCCCACUGUCAUGAUUUAAUCACAAUUCCCACUUUUCUUCAAGACCCAGCUCCUAGAAAUCAUGUGGUCAGGCAGAGAUCUUCAACAAGGAGAGACUUUUUAGUUGUGAUAGAAAUGUGUACUCCAAAUCCCACAGAAAUCAAUUCUCCGGUGGCUUCAGCCAGGAUUUUCAAGCAAAUGGAAAAUUACUGUCUGGCCAGAGCGAAGAGGCAGUGUGCAUUUUCAGGACCCUUUCAGGUACCACGACUCCCUUGCAUGGGCAAGAGGGCUGAGUCUCUGAGCGCUCUCCCUCUCUUACCCUUUGCACAACUGGAGGGCAGUGCGUUACCGCAGCCCCUUUCAUGAAACCGUACUCCCCACAUUGCAGAAAGUGGGCAGUUGCGCAUUUCAGCUUUUUCACGAGAUGUCAUGUUCAUCAGUCUAGCUGAGUUCCAUGGGGCACAAGCAGCCUGAACCUUGAACAAAUCCAAGCCUCGGUUUGACUUGAAAAAAGCCAGGAAAUU